GCGUCGGUCCAGCCCCCAGGUCUCGCGCAGAGACGCGGAAGCCCUGCCCAAGUGAGGAAGAGGGCGGGAAGCCCCUUUGUUACCCAGGAUUUAGGAAACGAAACUAGAAACCACGGGUUUCGUCAUCGACAUCGCUCAGAAGCCUCGGUAACUCCAGCCAAGGUUGUGUGUAAGGAGCAGGCUCGAUCGCCAAGCGUUGGAAGCUGAGCACAGGCCCCGCGCCCGGGUUCCCGCAGCUCCUCUCACCGCAGAACUGUUUAAAUCAUGGACAAACAAAAUAUGCAAAUAAAUGCUCCACACCUAGGAACAAAUUUAACAGGACCUCCAGGACAUAUCGGCUAUUCUGACCCCCAGGCUGGCUAUCCAGUGCCACCACCUGACUAUGCAAGUCCUGGCCCAGUCGGCCUUCCUGUCCAAUACCAGCCAGUGACUGGUCACCCAGGAGAGCCCACACAGGUACCAUGGAUGCCAGCACCACUACCUCCAUUAAACUGCCCACCAGGACUGGAAUAUUUAACUCAGAUAGAUCAGCUAUUGAUUCAUCAGCAAAUGGAACUUCUGGAAGUCCUAAUAGGUUUUGAAACUAAUAACAAAUAUGAAAUUAAGAACAGCCUUGGACAGAGGAUUUACUUUGCAGCAGAGGAUACUGAUUGUUGUACUCGAAAUUGCUGUGGGCCUGCUAGGCCUUUUACCAUGAAGAUUCUUGAUAAUAUGGGUCGAGAAGUCAUAACUCUGGAAAGACCACUACGGUGUGCCAGCUGCUGUUUUCCCUGCUGCCUGCAAGAGAUAGAAAUCCAGGCUCCUCCUGGCGUCCCAGUAGGUUACGUUACUCAGACCUGGCACCCUUGCCUGCCAAAGCUUACAAUUCAAAAUGAGAGGCGAGAGGAUGUACUAAGAAUUUCUGGUCCGUGUAUCGUCUGUAGCUGUUGUACAGAUAUUGAUUUUGAGGUUAAAUCUCUUGAUGAGAAGUAUGUGGUUGGCAAGAUUUCCAAGCACUGGACUGGCCUUAUUAGAGAGUUAUUUACAGAUGCUGAUAACUUUGGCAUCCAGUUCCCGUUAGACCUUGAUGUGAAAAUGAAAGCUGUGAUGCUCGGCGCAUGUUUCCUCAUUGACUUCAUGUUCUUUGAAAUGACUACUAAAUAGAGAGCAGGAGUGUGGUAGUACAUUUAUGAAAGUCUCAGAAAAUCUGAAGUCCGUAUAUUGAUUGGGACUAUGUAAAAGAAAAACUGGGUGGAU